AAGAAUGCUUCGUGGACAAAACUCUCACUUAGUACGUUCAGACCAAAAGAGCGAUUUGACUGGUUUAACCGAUUCCAAAAUAAAUCAACGACCGUGGUACCACUUCUCUUCAAUGUCCAUUAUGCACAAAUGUUUGUUAAUUAUGGCUGUAUGUUUUGCAUCUUUAAUGGUUGUUGCAAUAGUCGGGGAUAGUAAAGAGCAUAUCGAGCUGCCUAAUGUUACUAGUGGAUUUACUGAAGACGACAUCAGAAAACUUCUUUUCUCCUCGUUUGAUUCUAACAAAAUGACAGAUACAUUGAGAAUGGUAACACAACAACCUCACCAGGCUGGUACAGAAGAGAAUAGGCGUGUUGGGCAAAAGUUGGCAGAAUUAUGGAAACAGAAUGGAUUGGAAAAGGUUCGAUUGAUGGAAUAUGAUGUUUUGCUUUCUUAUCCAAACUGGACAAAUCCAAAUAAAGUAACUGUUCUUGGGGAGGAUGGAAAAGUGUUGUUCCAAUCAACUGGCCUCAGUCCCGACUUGACGCCUAAAAAUGAAGACUCCUCUUUAAAUCAAGAAGAUUCCUAUCGUGCUGCUAUACAAUGGCUAGCAUACAGUGCGAAUGGAACAACUGAAAGUGAACCUGUCUACUGUCAUUAUGGCCAACCUAAGGAUUUUGAACGUUUGGAAAAGGAAUUUGGAAUUUCAAGUCUACAUGGCAAAAUUGCAAUAAUUCGUUAUGGACUAGACUACCGUGGUGAUAAAGUAAAACAUGCAGCCGCAAGGGGUGCUGGUGCUGUAAUAAUAUUUUCUGAUCCUGUAGAAGUUGCUGGGCAAGGGCCUGAAGCUGACAAAACAUUUCCUCACAGUACAUGGCUUCCUUCACAUGGAGUUCAGCGUGGUUCUGUUAUGGCUAUGAAGGGUGACCCAUUAACCCCUUUGUUGCCUGCGCGGCGUGAUUUUCCCAAGGGAAGGACAAUACAACAGGCAAAAAAGGAUCAUUAUCUCCCAAAUAUCCCCGUCCUCCCUCUUGGUUAUGCCGAUGUCAUUCAAAUUCUUGAACGAAUGGGAGGCCCUCAAGUACCCGAAGAUUGGCGUGGGGGAUUAAAUAUUACUUAUCGUAUUGGUCCUGGAUUUAAACAAAAUGGGAAUAAAAAUGAUGCAAAGAAAUUGAGAGUGGAUGUACAUUCUACGUUGGAAAUUAAAAAAAUCCAAAAUUUAAUUGGUAUUAUCCAUGGAAGUGAAGAGCCCGAUUCUUGGGUAAUGCUCGGAAAUCAUUACGAUGCUUGGGUGUAUGGAGCUUUGGACCCUAACUCAGGAACAGCUGUACUUGCUGAAGUUGGCCGAUCAUUUGCCCAAGCAGUUAAACGUGGAUGGAGGCCGAAACGAACUUUGGUAUUUUGUAAUUGGGAUGGAGAAGAACACGGAUUAAUUGGUUCUACCGAGUUUGUACAAGAAUUUGCUCAAGUUUUACAAGACCGUGCUAUUAUUUAUUUAAAUGUUGAUACAAUAGCUUCUAACCAAUCACUUAUUGUCAAAACAAUUCCCUCACUUUUUUCUGCCGUUGUUUCCGCAGCUAAAAAAGUUCCAAAUCCUGUCGAAUCAGAACGAGCAAAAGGGAGACAAACAAUUUACGACACUUGGAAAGCUUAUUACCCACAAAAAGGGAAUUAUACCUGGCUUUCUCCAGAUGUACCAGAUAUAGACUUACCUGGAGGAGGCACUGACCAUAUGUCGUUUCUCAAUUUUUUGGGUAUCCCUGUUGUUGAUUUUACUUAUCGAAAUGUGUCGUGGGGCUCCUAUCCACUCUACCAUUCACGUUAUGAAGUGCCCUUUGUUAAUGAACAUUUGUUUGACCAUGACAAUUUGUCGGUCCACAAAGCAAUAGGCCAAUACUGGGCAGAAAUGGCACGUUUAUUUGCUGAUUCCCCUCUAUUACCAAUCAACGCUAGCUGUUUUGCUUUAACACUUGCAAACAAUUAUUUGCCUGGAAUUGUAAAAAAUUUGGACAAUUUGCAUGAAAAAUGGCCUAAAGAAAUGGGGCCAGCAGUCAAACAAAUGAGAAAUUUGUGGAGACAAACAUGGCUGUUUGUUGGACAAACACAAAAAUUUGAACAAGAUGUUUAUUCUGAAAGUGCAAUGAAUGCUGAAUGGGCUAAUAGAAGACUGCGUAAAGUUGACCAGUGUUUUGUAAAUCCGUCAAUGGGACUUGCAGAAAAAGAGAAGGAGAAAAGGCAUGUGCUUUUUUCACUUUCGGAUGCCGACACCUAUUCUGCUUCUGUUAUGUCAGCAGUCAACGAAAAAAUAACUGAAUUCAAAAAUGCCGCGGACGAUAAAAAGCGUAUUGAGAUUGGCCAACAACUUGCAGUAGAAUUAGCAGUUGUUCAAUAUUCUGUGCUUUGUGCAACGAAUAUACUUAAACCUUUUUACUAA